CUCAGGAGAUAAAUCCGACGUUCUUAUAAAAUAAAAAUUCCUGAAUGCGUCUUAGUUGUUGACUUGUUCUUGUAUGCAAACCAUGUCCGAGAAGAUAGAGUAUAUGUCUGGCUUCGGGUCCGAGUUCUCUUCGGAGGAUCCGAGAUGUCCAGGAUCGUUGCCGAAAGGCCAGAAUAGCCCUCAGAAAUGUCCGUACGGGCUCUACGCUGAGCAGCUCUCAGGGUCAGCUUUCACGGCUCCACGCGUAGAAAACAAACGUAGUUGGCUAUAUAGGAUCCGUCCAUCCGCGGGUCACGCGCCCUUUGAACCUUUCCAGAAAGGCAAUAUCACUCAUAACUGGGAUGAACAAGAGCCGGAUCCAAAUCAGAUGCGGUGGAAUCCAUUUGACCUUCCGGACAAAACAAAAAAUGUUGACUUUGUAGAAGGUUUGAACACUGUUUGUGGCGCUGGUGAUCCGAAGUGCAAGGCCGGUAUUGCGAUUCAUAUCUAUUCCUGUAAUUCGUCAAUGGGCAAUCGCGCUUUUUAUAAUGCGGAUGGUGAUUUCUUGAUCGUUCCUCAGGUCGGCGAAUUACGUAUCAAGACGGAGUUUGGAAAAAUGUGCGUACAACCGAACGAAAUAUGCGUGAUUCAGCAGGGGAUGAGGUUCUGCGUGGAGGUGAGCGAAGACAGCCGAGGAUACGUGCUCGAGGUCUUCGGACAGCACUUCGUUCUACCGGAUUUAGGGCCAAUCGGAGCUAACGGCUUGGCCAAUCCCCGAGACUUCUUAACCCCUCUCGCCUGCUACGAAGACCUAGAUUCCACUCAUGAAAUAAUUUCAAAAUAUCAGGGUAAACUAUUCGUCUGCCAGCAGGACCACAGUCCGUUUGAUGUCGUCGCCUGGCAUGGAAAUUAUACACCUUACAAAUAUGAUCUGGCGAAUUUCAAUGUGAUCAACUCGGUCUCUUUUGAUCAUUGCGACCCAUCCAUUUUCACAGUGCUAACAUGCCAAUCAGAAAAGAAGGGUACGGCUAUUGCAGACUUUGUCAUUUUCCCGCCCCGAUGGUCGGUGCAAGAACAUACAUUCAGACCUCCCUAUUAUCACAGAAAUUGUAUGUCAGAGUUCAUGGGUCUGAUACUUGGUCAGUAUGAAGCAAAGAAAGGCGGAUUCUUGCCGGGUGGAGCAACACUUCACUCUAUGAUGACUCCCCAUGGUCCCGACUUCAAAUGUUUCUCAGAGGCUAGCGAAGAACCACUAAAGCCUUGUCGUGUAGCGGAAGGAACCCAAGCUUUUAUGUUUGAAAGUUGCUUGGGAUUAGCAGUCACCAAGUGGGGAUAUGACACUUGCCAGAAAUUGGAUCCAGAAUAUUUCAAGUGCUGGCAAGGUUUGAAAAAGAACUUCACUGGAUCAAAGUUCGCGUGAAUCAGAGUAUUGUGUUGUUAUGGGUAUAGGGUCUAAUAAAACAGAGAUUGUUACUACAUGA